GGAUUACCUGGCCGGCUGGAGCCUAGGAAGUAGGUAUUUAAACAGCAAUCCGGGACGUGUUAAGAAAAGCAGGAGUAUUGGGCGGAUCCUUUUUUAUUCAGUAUCACUGAAUGAUUCCAGGUAGCAUAUAUGUGGAACCACAACUACUGCAAGAAUGACAGAUGACAAAGAUGUUCUUCGUGAUGUCUGGUUUGGCCGAAUACCAACCUGCUUCACUUUGUACCAAGAUGAAUUAACAGAAAGGGAAGCUGAACCCUAUUAUUUGCUUCUACCUCGCAUCAGCUAUUUGACACUAGUGACUGACAAAGUGAAAAAACAUUUUCAGAAAGUCAUGAGGACAGAAGAUAUAAGUGAAAUUUGGUUUGAAUUUGAAGGGAUUCCUCUAAAAUGGCAUUACCCAAUUGGUUUGCUGUUUGAUUUACAUGCAUCAAAUACAUCUCUGCCUUGGAGCAUCACUGUCCAUUUUAAGAACUUUCCAGCUAAAGACCUUCUCCAUUGCCAGUCUAAAGAUGUUAUAGAAGCUCAUUUCAUGUCAUCUGUUAAGGAAGCCGAUGCUUUGAAGCAUAAAAGUCAAGUUAUUAAUGAAAUGCAGAAGAAGGACCAUAAACAGUUGUGGAUGGGUUUACAAAAUGAUAAGUUUGAACAGUUUUGGGCCAUAAACCGAAAACUUAUGGAAGUCCCCCCAGAAGAUGGUGGAUUUCGAUAUAUACCAUUUAGAAUAUAUCAGGCAAUCAAUGAACGACCCUUUAUUCAGAAGUUAUUUCGACCAGUGGCCAAUGAUGGAAGGCCUUAUACACUUGGUGAUCUUAUUAGAGAAGUGUGUCCUGCAGCAGUUCCAGCAGAAGAUUGCACAAAAGAUUGAUGUGACUGAGCUACAUGAGCAACAUAUUAUUCACAGAGCAUUCUUCAUUAAAAUCUUAUUUUCUUUUUAAUCUCCUUUGAUCGCUAAAGUUAUAAGGAAAUAUCUACCACCCGUUCUUCUUUUGGAUGGUAUCAACGUAUAGAUUUUGCAAAGACAGCAUGAUGAAUUAAAUGUAUGACAGUUAUGACAGGUGAGGAGUGCUUGGUUGGGGCUUACACAGCAGGGAUAAUACAAAGCCCCAUUUAAGAACAAAACCUCUACCCGAUGGUGAGGCCAUUAAUGACAAACAGCAGAAUCACUCUUUAUUCACCCUGCUAAAUGAGGAGCAAACUGAUACCACAGACAAAGCUUUGUUAGCAUGGAGACAGUUUCUAAAUGAAGCUGCCCAAACAACUGGUUUUAUAAAGCUGGCUUGCCCAGCUUGCAUCGUGUAUACUUCUGUGUGUUUUAUAGAUUUUACCUGCAGGAUCUUCCAUAAAACAGUGCAUAAAAAACCCAGCCUCAAGUUUAGAGCUUGUCUAAGUUGAAUUAUAGCCUCUAGCCCUGACAAUCUUUCUACAGGGAUUGUUUAAGCCACCAGGAAAGACGAGGCCAGCGUGCAAAUCCAAGGAAUUUUGGAAGUCAAUCCAUUAGGAUUAAUAAAACAGGCCUCCGAUUUUGGAAACAGUGGCCUUAAAUUUGUGAGCAAUGAACACUCAAUCUUCAUUUAGCUCAUCCCUUCAUGACAUGGCUUACUGACUCCAUUUUUUUGUUAAAUACACUAACAUUCUGCUUAAUCAUCAAAGCUUUAACCUCUUCAGCUCCAAAGGACCUGAAAACAUAAUAAUGGCCCCUCCUAAUCCACAAUAUUAACCCUUUGUAUGAUUGUCUGUCGAAUUUGGACUUGAACAUUUUAAUGCCAAAAAUAACCUCCAUGGAUCGUGGCAUUUAGAUUACACAGAAGCAGCCAAUUAAAAAGGGACAGAUGUAGUGUCAGAAUGGUUUGUAUAUAGCAGGGCUCCUCUACCUUGUACAAUAAUGUUACAGUAUCUAAAGGAGCUUGUAUCAAUACUGUAAGUUUCACAUGCAUAUUUAAAAUGUGUAGUAAUCUAACAAAUGUCUAUUUCUUGUAUACAGCCUUUUUACUACUUAAAAAAAAGCAGAAAAUGAUAUAACAAAGAAAAGAAAAUAUCAUAUUGCAAUGCUGUAUUGUGAUGACAUGCAUUUGUUUAGGUUUAUCACUUUGUGUUGCAUUUUUCAUCAAUCUUUUUGUCUUUAAAUGUACCGCAGUUGUAAAAUAGACUAAUGUAAAGUAGCCUAAUGGUUCCAUGGCUGUGCUAGGGUCAUCAAACCCCUUUGAAUACCCUUAUAUUUUACAGUAUUAGGCACAUUAUUUUUAAUAUACAGAAUAUACAUUGUAAAAUAAGUUAUAAGAAUUAGAUAUUCAGAUGCCUAGGGAAAGCCUGUCCUAUCUCCCAAAAGUAUACUCUUGCCCUGUAACAAGCAAGGAUUAUUCCCUUUCUGAGAAAGGAAAUUUAUAUGUAUUGCUUGGUAAAGAAAAGCAAGCAGUCUAACAUGUUCAUAAUAUUUUGUUCACUAAUUUGAGUGUGUGGUUAAUAAACAAAGGUAACUUAUUCCUUGUUUACAGAACAAUAAAUAAUGCCUGUCUGAAGUAUAAGGAUAAAUAAAGCCCACAGAAUGAAUGUGAAAGCACAACCCUUACAGGGACACUUCUCAUCACUGUGUCUGUAGCGAGACUGGAUGCUGCCACAAGGCUUACUG